CUCCUCCACCAUCCUCCUCGCGCCGAUUUUCCUCCGCGCACCCGUUUCGCCUGAGCCGCCCGCUCGUCCGCCGUCGCCGCCUUCGUCCCUUCCGUUCCUGGUUCUUGUUCUUGUUUCUCUUUGACUUUUGGGUGGAUAGAGGGGUUCACCCGGGCUUCGAGGCAUGGGGAGGGUGUUCGUGGUGACCCUCGAAGGGAAGAUCUACAGCUGCCGGCACUGCAAGACCCACCUCGCGCUCGUCGAGGACGUCUACUCCAAGUCUUUCCACUGCAGGCAUGGGAGAGCUUACCUCUUCAACAAGGUUGUGAAUGUGUCUACUGGUGAGACAGAAGAGAGAAUGAUGAUGACUGGGAUGCACACCGUCGCUGACAUUUUCUGUGUUGGUUGUGGAGCAAUUGUUGGGUGGACAUAUGAGACUGCUCACGAAAAGGGUCAGAAGUACAAGGAAGGAAAAUCUGUUCUUGAGCGGAUUAAGUUGGUCGGUCCUGAUGGAAGGAAUUACUGGUCCACUCAUGAGGCACAUAUCCUCGGGAGCGAUGCUGAUGACGUUUGAUUUGCCCAUUUGAACUCCCCAAAUAUACAUUCUGUAACCUCCAAUAUUCUUCUUCAGCUAAUGUGAAUUUAUUUUCGACUGAAGAUUCCUUGUUCGGCAGCUGCUGCUACUUGCUGUCAAAUGACAUGAUCGGAAAACAAACAUUCGAUUGUUUCAUUCUGAUCUAAAUUGAAUUUUCAAUCUUCUCCAGUA